AGGAAAAUGGGAUUAACCAAAUUUUCAUUAGCAAUUUGCCUAUUAGCUUCAACUCUAGUUCACGUUUCCCUCGCCCAGAACUCCCCUCAAGACUACCUCAGCGUCCACGAUGCAGCUCGUGCACAGGUUGGGGUCGGGCCGAUGACUUGGGACCCCGAGGUUGCGGCCUACGCGCAGGAAUACGCUAACAUAAGGGUUGCAGACUGCGGCCUGGUUCAUUCCUACGGACCCUACGGUGAAAACAUUGCGGAAGCCUCCUACGCCUUGACUGGCGCGGAGGCGGUACAAAUGUGGGUCGAUGAGAAGCCUUACUACAACUACGAUGCCAACAUAUGUGUUGGAGGAGAGUGCUUGCAUUACACUCAGGUGGUUUGGCGAAACUCGACUCGACUUGGGUGUGCUAGAGUUGAGUGCAACAGUGGCUGGUGGUUCGUGACAUGCAACUAUGAUCCUCCAGGGAACUACGUGGGAGAACGUCCUUACUAA